AUGAGAACAACUGUUGCAGAGCCACGCCAUCGUGUUGAGGCAGACACUGGACUUUGGGUCGGCAUUAAAUGCGACCUCGAUGGGAGCGAGUUCGAUCCCGGGUACUUUGAGUCAAAUGUAUACACGCACUCGAUCACAGGGACGUGGUGUUACCUGAAAAGACUGUAUCGCACCAAGCAGAACAGUGCAUCUCUCAUUGAAUCACAGCGGAACCGGGAAGAGUGUUAA